UUCUUAUGAUCAGAAUCUCAGCCCACCCAGGCGUAGCUCCAUCUUCCCCGAAAGAAAACUGUCUCCGAUCGUUGGGAAACGGUGUUCCCACUUCUGUCUCGGAAUUGGCCACCCGCAUCCAAUACGGGCAGCUGUUGGAGGAUACAGCCUGGGCCUUGAACCCAACCUGAGGAACCACAUCUGAGAAAACUGUGCCUAUGUCUGCAGAAUAAACUUGGAUUCCUCAAACUGUUCAGGGAUGGGGAAUCUUCAGCAGUGUUAAACACAUUACCAUCAACUUAUGAGAUGACAUCUUUGCAAAGGAAAGGGCUGCAAGGAAGGAUUCUCAGCUCUGAGGAAGAGGAGAAACUGAAAAGAGACCAAGUUUUAGUGUCUGACUUUAAACAACAAAAACUGGAAAAAGAUGCUCAGAAGAACUGGGAUCUAUUUUACAAAAGAAAUAGUACUAAUUUCUUCAAAGACAGACACUGGACCACCAGAGAGUUCGAGGAGCUCAGGUCAUGUAGGGAGUUUGAAGAUCAAAAAUUGACUGUGCUUGAAGCUGGCUGUGGGGUUGGGAACUGUUUAUUCCCACUUUUAGAAGAAGAUCUGAAUAUAUUUGCUUAUGCCUGUGAUUUUUCUCCAAGAGCAGUUGAAUAUGUCAAGCAAAAUCCUUUAUACGACACGCAGAGAUGCAAGGUAUUCCAGUGUGACCUGACAGAAGACGACCUUCUGGAGCACGUGCCCCCAGAGUCCGUGGACGUGGUCAUGCUGAUAUUUGUGCUCUCUGCCAUCCACCCUGAGAAGAUGCGCCUGGUCUUACAGAACGUUUACAAGGUAUUAAAACCAGGCAAAAAUGUCCUGUUCCGCGACUAUGGGCUAUAUGAUCACGCCAUGCUUAGGUUUAAAGCCGGCAGCAAACUCGGAGAAAACUUUUAUGUUAGACAAGAUGGAACCAGAUCGUAUUUUUUUACUGAUGAAUUCCUGGCCCGGCUCUUCGUGGACACAGGCUAUGAAGAAGUGGUGAACGAGUAUGUGUUUCGUGAAACGGUGAACAAAAAAGAAGGCCUGUGUGUGCCGAGAGUUUUCCUUCAGAGCAAAUUCCGAAAGUCUCCCAAGGACCCAGCUCCCGGGACCCUGGGCCUAGGUCACACAUCCUGACCUUUCACAAGGUUGACUUUGUGCCUCCCCUUGAAGAGGAAAGUUUAAGGUCGCUCUUACUGUUUUGCAUAUUUUUAUAUUUUAACUUUUUAAAUGAGUAUAUGUAAUUUUUGUAUUAAAAAGUAACAAGUGUGUG